AUGGAUGAGCAGGUGUUCAAAGGCGAUCCCGACUGCCCUCAUUCCAUCUCGUUCUCGGGCAGUGGAUUCCUCUCCUACUACCAGGCCGGGGCCGUGGACGCCUUGCGAGACCUGGCCCCCCGCAUGCUGGACACCACCUAUCGCUUCGCAGGGACUUCCGCAGGAGCGGUGAUCGCAGCGCUGGUCAUCUGCGGGAUAGAAAUGGAUGAGUACCUCAGAUUCCUGAACGUGGGCCUGGCCGAGGUGAAGAAGUCCUUCCUGGGCCCCUUGUCUCCAUCCUGCAAGAUGGUCCAGACCAUGCGGCGGUUUCUGUACCACGCGCUGCCCGAGGACUCCUACAAGGCCACCACCGGGAAGCUGCACGUGGGCCUCACCCGCCUGGAGGACGGAGAAAGCGUGGUGGUCUCCGAGUUCACAUCCAAGGAGGAACUCAUCGAGGCCCUGUACUGCAGCUGCUUUGUUCCUGUCUACUGUGGCCUCAUACCCCCUACCUACCGUGGUGUGAGGUACAUCGACGGCGGCUUCACGAGCAUGCAGCCCUGCUCCUUCUGGACGGACUCCAUCACCAUCUCCACCUUCAGCGGGCAGCAGGACAUCUGUCCCCGGGACUGUCCCGCCAUCUUCCACGACUUCCGCCUGUGCAAUUUCUCCUUCCAGUUCUCCCUGGAGAACAUCACACGGAUGACACACGCCCUGUUUCCCCCGGAUCUGGUGAUACUGCAGGAGUACUACUACCGGGGCUAUGAUGACACUGUUCUGUACCUGAGGAGGCUCAAUGCUGCUUACCUUAACUCUCCCUCGAAGAGAGUGAUUUUCCCGCGGGUGGAAGUGUACUGCCAGAUAGAACUUGCACUCGGCAACGAGUGUCCUGAACGCCAUCAACCGGGUCUCCAAGCACAGCGGGCCAGCCUGGAAGGAUGCUCCCAGCUUCACUCACAGGACACGCCCCAAGGGGAUGGCAACGCUGGCCACCCACCUGAGGAGACACCCAGGUCCACGCGUGAGCGGCCCAUGGAAUCACCGGCCUCAUCCCCUGUCUCUUCCUCCAAGCAACCAGCCAGGUCACCCGUGGCCGCCUGUGGGAUGCGUUCUCCCAGUGACUUGCCCCCCCAGGCACCCGCCUCGCCCCCAGCACUGCGCUUACCUCCCUGCUCCGCUCCUGAGCCGCCCCCUGCGUCACCUCCACAGCAGAUACAGCGGCCUGGACUUCCACACCAAUCCCCACCCUCCCAGGUGUCCCCAUCAGACAGGCUGUCACUGGGGCCCUCAGUGGUGAGGUCACCUCAAACGACACCCCAAGAUUCUCCUUCAGCAUCACCAAAUCAACCAGGUGUGGAGAAGGUGGGCCCAGAACAGCCCCAAGCAUCCCGAGCGUCUUCACAUUCAAAAAGUGCCACCCCUGCUCCCGUCCCGGGGAAGGAAGCCAGCCGCGAAAGUCAGGCCAGGGUGAGCGCUGCUGCCGAUGCCAACUGGGUGAGCAAGGUAUUCCAGAAGAACAAACAGAAGACCAGUGGCACCAGGAAAUGCAUCCCCCGGCAUCCGCGGUUCCCCAAAACAGGCAGCAAAGCACAGUCAGCUCCCCGGCCGUGUGACUGCCCCCUGCUCUCCACUUCCGAGACAGUAUGGGUCACCUACAGGCCUCAUCCCCGCCGGAUCCAGGAAUACCGCUGCCCGGAGGUGGAGGCCUCAGGUGCCCCCUGA